ACCUCGUUAUCGUAGGUUAUUUAGGGAUUUGCACGAUUAAUUCGAUAAAUAAUAUGUGGAUUAACAUUGUAGCAGUAGAUGUUUAGCUAGUGAGUGUGGUAAACGACCGAAAUGAAAGUGUAUAUUUUACUUUUGAUGUUUGGAGCCACCCUCGCGGCUCCACAACCGGAGCGUAUAAUGGGGGGCGGGAUGACCUUGAUCCAGUACUUCCCGUUCUUCGUCGGCGUGCAACACGGCAUCUUCGGAGCCUGGUCCCAGCACUGCGGGGGAUCACUGCUCUCUGAUCAUGUGGUGCUCACUGCCGCUAGCUGUCUGGAACGCCACUUAGCCAUCACCCUACGGGUCCGCGUCGGCGCCUCAACCAACUUCGGCGGUGACCCUAUGGAUGUCUCAGACUUCAAGAUGCACAGUUCAUGGAACUCUCCUAUCUACGAAAAUGACAUAGGUCUCAUAUUCCUGCGCAGGAGAGCUGUACAGUCCUCCUAUGUUGGCUUUGCCAGUAUCGCCGGAGCCAGCUACACCGUUCCUGAUAAUGCUGUUGUUGUUUCUAUCGGGUUAGGCGUUAUUCGGCCCGAUGGCUCCACCCCAGAUUUCCUUCAAAGAACAAACCUCAACAUCGUAAACCAAGACACCUGCCGCCAACGCUAUGCUCAUUUGAAGACGCAACCUGGCUACGAAGAUACUCCAAUCAUCACUGAUAAUGUCAUGUGUACAGGCUUCCUGACCAAUGACGGGCGGGGAUUCUGCUCCGGAGACUUCGGAGGACCAAUCAUCGUUGAAGACGAGUUUGAAAACAAGACCGUGGUUGGUGUAGCGUCUUGGACACACCGGUGCGGUGACGCCGUCUAUCCGGGCGUUAGCACAAGGGUUUCGAGGUAUUCGCAAUGGAUUGUCGAAAAUUCUAGAGUUUGAUCCGGCUAACAGUUAACAAAGACAGUAUUUAAAAUUACAUAUUAUUAUUACCCCAUCGAUUGACCCUGCAAUCAAGAAGUUGCUGCAUCACCAUUAUUUAUAUCGACUCAAUAACAACUGAGACAAAAUAUAAGAGGGACGGUAUUAUGCCACAUAACAGCGGCAGCGUAACAUGACACCUCCAUUAGUGGCGCAAGUUGACGUGAUAGAAUAAUAGAUGGCGGUAAAAACGUCUUCUGUGAGCGACGCAGUAUCCUGUUACUGAUAAAAGUGGGAAAGAAAACAUUCGCCUCAAGUUAAAGUAUUUAUUAAAAUAGGUUAUUGAUAGAAUACCGUAUACAUAGCUAUUGUUAAUAUGAAGUGUCUAUUAAGUAAAUUGUUUUAAAUAAAAACUCGACUAAAUGUCUCUUCACCAUGAAUACCACUGACCAAGGGAGGGUACUGAACACACUUGAAGGCUUAGAUUUAAUGCAGGUGUGUUUUAUACCAAUAAUUACAUUGAAAAAUGAUAGCUUCUAUGUCUAUCCUGCAAGAAAUCCGUAUUUAGAGACGGUAUACCUACAAUUAAGUGGUAGUUUGUUAUAAAUAAGUUCUACCUAAUAUGAACCAAACGUUUAUUAGACAGACCAUAGAACAUGCAGUAUUGGCAAGCAUUACUCUGUGUGGCCAAUGUGCACAGGUUUUAUUCAAAGCCAGAAUAUAGGGGGCGGUGUUAUCACCUAACCCGCUAAUUGCAUUUCUAGGCCUGAAUUAUUGCCAUAUAGCGCUAUGGAGGUUAGGCUCAGUAUAGAAAAUGUACAGGUUUUGCAGUAGAGAAUCAAAGUAUUAUUUGAAUUAUAAAUAAACGCGUGAUCUUGUCACCUUAACUAAUCAAGAAAUUGAAUUAAUCAUGUUUUAUUUAUAUUGAUGUAAAU